UCUCCACACAAGUGAAAGCGAGCGCUGCCAUCUUGGUACGGGGCCCAUUGCGAGUGACAGCCCGGCUUGGAGCGGUGCGGAAGGCUGCGGCCCAGAGAGAGAGGCGUAAAAAAGCGGAAGGCGGCGGUGGCGCCUGCCUCUCUUGGACCUCCAUCUCUUGGCGAGGUUGGCCGUGUGGGAGACAGAUGUAGAUACAACCUGAAUUUGGAAGAGACCACUGUUAAAAUGUCAGCACUAAGCAAUGACUGUUCGCAUUUGGAGUCUGUUGGUGAAAUAACCAAAGAAGACUUAAUACACAAGUCACAUGGCACUUGCCAGGACUGUAAAGUGAAAGGACCAAAUCUUUGGGCAUGCUUAGAGAAUAGAUGCUCAUAUGUUGGUUGUGGAGAGUCUCAUAUAGAUCACAGUACCAUACAUUCAGAGGAAACAAAUCACUGUCUAACGGUUAACCUUACCACAUUACGUGUCUGGUGUUAUGCAUGUAGCAAAGAAGUGUUUCUUGAUAGAAAACUGAAGUCUCAUUCUUCACUGCAAAAUGUUCGACUGUCUCACAUCAUACAGGAUAUUAGGUUACCUAGUAUCCCUACACUGAAAAUUCCUCUAAUUGCAACAUUUGAUGACCUUGAUGUACAAGUAGAUGAAGAGGAUGAAUUCAAGGCAAGAGGUCUGACAGGCUUGAAAAAUAUUGGAAACACUUGUUACAUGAAUGCAGCUUUACAAGCUCUUUCAAAUUGCCCACCAUUAACCCAAUUUUUCCUUGACUGUGGGAGUUUAGCUCGUACUGAUAAGAAACCAGCCAUCUGCAGAAGUUAUUACAAACUGAUGACAGAACUCUGGCAUAAAAGCAGACCUGGAGCAGUUGUCCCCACAAAUUUGUUUCAAGGAAUUAAAACAGUUAAUCCAACAUUUCGAGGCUAUUCUCAACAGGAUGCACAGGAAUUCUUGCGUUGUUUGAUGGAUUUACUACAUGAAGAGUUAAAAGAGCCUGUUAUUGCAAUAGAGGAUAGUAUCCCAGCAAAUGAAGAGAGCAUGGAAGAAGAGAAGAGUCAAUCAGAUGUAGACUUUCAAUCAUGCAAUAAUACUGAUAAGGUAGAAAAUGAGGCUUGGUCAAAAUCUGUGGCAGAGGAGCAAGCAGAGGACACAAUGCUAAUUCAGGAUGAUGAAAAUGCAUCCAAAGACAAUCAGAAAGAGAAAUCCUUGUGUACCAAGAUGAACAAAACAAGCUCAGUGGAAGACAUAGAAAAAGACAUAUACAAUUUCUUUGAAACGGCUGAAUUUUUGAACAAUCAGGAAACAGUGAAGGUGCAAAUACACAGCAGAUACUCAGACUAUAUCAAUGAUGUCCAUAUGAAUGAUGUGUCUAUGCCACAAAGUUUUCCUUCAAAAGAUGGGGGGAAUGCACGUUUAUCAACCAGCCCUCCCAAAUCAGGUACUUUCUGGUCUGGACUGGCACCCUUGAACAAAAAAGUUCCAACCAUAUGUUCCCCCAAAAAGAAGAAACACAAAAAAUUCAGAAGUGUUAUUUCUGACAUAUUUGAUGGGACUAUCAUAAGUUCAGUACAGUGUCUAACAUGUGACCGGGUGUCAGUGACCCUGGAGACUUUCCAGGACUUGUCAUUGCCUAUUCCAGGCAAGGAAGACCUUGCUAAGCUGCAUUCGGCAAGUCAUCAGACCUCUCUUAUAAAGGCAGGCUCUUGUGGUGAAGCAUAUGCUCCUCAGGGCUGGAUAGCCUUUUUCAUGGAAUACUUCAAAAGGUUUGUUGUCUCAUGUGUUCCUAGCUGGUUUUGGGGUCCAACAGUAACCUUACAAGAUUGUCUUGCUGCCUUUUUUGCUAGAGAUGAACUGAAAGGUGACAAUAUGUACAGUUGUGAAAAGUGUAAAAAGUUAAGAAAUGGAGUAAAAUUCUGCAAAGUUCAACACUUUCCUGAGAUAUUGUGCAUUCAUCUCAAAAGAUUCAGGCAUGACCUUAUGUUUUCCACAAAAAUUGGGACUCAUGUAUCCUUUCCCUUGGAAGGACUUGAUCUUCAACCUUUUCUUGCCAAGGACAGUCCAACUCAAAUAGUGAUGUAUGAUCUCUUAUCAGUAAUCUGUCACCAUGGAACUGCCAUCAAUGGACAUUAUAUAGCUUAUUGCCGGAACAACUUAAAUAACCGAUGGUAUGAGUUUGAUGAUCAGAGUGUCACAGAAGUCACUGAAUCAACAGUUCAAAAUGCAGAAGCUUAUGUUCUCUUCUACAGAAAAAGCAAUGAAGAAGCUAAAAAAGAGAGACAGAAGGUAUCAAGCCUUAAUAUAAUGGAACCAAGCCUUCUCCAGUUUUAUAUUUCCAGACAGUGGUUGAACAAAUUCAGGACUUUUGCAGAACCAGGACCUAUUUCAAAUAAUGAUUUCCUCUGCAUACAUGGAGGAGUUCCUCCACACAAGGCUACUUCUAUAGAGGACCUUGUAGUAGUGCUACCUCAAAAUAUAUGGGACAACUUGUAUAGCAGGUAUGGUGGAGGACCAGCUGUUAAUCAUCUCUAUGUUUGUCAUACCUGUCAAAUGGAAACAGAAAAAAUAGAGAAAAGAAGGAAGACAGAACUGGAAAUGUUUAUUCGGCUCAACAGAGCCUUCCAAGAGGAGGAGUUUCCAUCCAUAUUCUAUUGCAUCAGUAUGCAGUGGUUCAGAGAAUGGGAAGGGUUUGUGAAGGGCAAGGACAGUGAUCCUCCAGGGCCCAUUGACAAUGCCAAAAUUGCUGUCAAUAAAUGUGGAUCUGUGGUUCUGAAACAAGGAGCUGAUUCGGGACAGAUUUCUGAAGAAACAUGGAAUUUUCUACAGUCCAUCUAUGGGGGAGGACCGGAAAUCAUCCUGCGACCACCUGUUGCUCAAAUUGAACCUGAAUCGUUACAAACUGAAGAUAAGAUUGAAUUAGAAACACGUGGUCUGUAGCCACCAACCCAUGGAUAAAUUCUAAUGAGAUAGCAUCCAGUUAACAACAUACAUUCCUAAGAUUUUUUUGUCUGUUUUUCUGUUUUAUUUUUUGUUUUCCCUGUGAGAUAACGGGAGGUUGGGCAUUAUUCUGUCUGUGAGAAACAAAUUGAGACUUGUAAUAUAUAAAUUCUAAAAAUGUUUUAGAAUCUAUCAGAGACCCUAGGAUAACUUCCUUGUUCUACAUUAGCUGUACAUAUGCAAAGUAGAGAUGAUGGAUUUAACUGUUAUUUUCAAUAUCUCUAUGAAUUUCUAGGCUCUUUCAUAUCGGGUCUUGUCAAGACAAGAUUUAAAGGGUCUUUAACACCACAUGGUGGAAAGAUGGGAUAUCAAUUUAGCAAAUAUUAACGAAAUGAAAUAUAAAUAUUUUAAGCUGUUAGAUUGUACAAAAUGGUUCUAACAUCCUAAGAAAACUCAGGAAAAGUUAUGCUUCACUUUUAUUUGCACUGCACUAUAGAAAAACAUAAUUAACUUUGCAUUAAAUAAUUUUCUUAUUUGAGUGUGUCAUAUAUACUAAUGAUUCAGAUGAAACAUUGGUUUUGGUCAGCAGCGUAUAAGUAACUUCCUACUGUUUAAACUGUCUGAUAAGUUGUUGUUGAAUGUAAGCUAGUAUAAUCAAUAGUAUGUGUAAUUAAACAAACCCAUAGUCUUUAGGAGUGUGUGUUCUGAGAGCAUGAAGUGGGUAUGUUAGCAGCUUGCACACCUGAAAAAUUUUCUAGUCUUUUUUUUAAAUUAAAAGCAUCAAUAGUUUAAUGUGGAAAAAUCUAUUGUACAGUUCUGCAAUGCUCAUUGGCAUGAUUUAUGAUGUCAGAUGUUGAAUGAUAACACUAAGCAAGACUGCAAAAGCAUUCUAGAUUAUUCAUAUUGAAAUGUUGAAUGUCACCCAAAUGUGUUUCUUCCUGAAUAUUGCUAACGUAUAAGCAAUAUUAUUAUUUGCUAGUUCAAUAAAAACUAAUGGUAAAAUGAUAACGUGUUUGAACUUUAAGCAAGUGAUUGAACUUUAACUUCAAGGCAUAUAUUAGGAAUAUGUAUUAUAGGUUGCUGCUGUGCUUUAAUGUACAAUUUCAGAAAUGAAAGGGGAGAUCUAUUUUGACUGGAGAAACCUUCAAAAGCAUGCUCACCUUUGAGUCAAAAUGGUUUACUUACAGUACAAAUGGCAGUCCAGAGGAUGAAAGUGCAACAAUAAUUUCAUUCUAGUAAAUGGAACAUCAGAAGCUGCCUUAUACUGAGUCAGACCAUUUACCUCAGUAUUAUCUACACUGACUGGCAGAGGCUCUCCAGUCGUACCUGGAAAUGCUGAGAAUUGAAGCUGUGGGUAGACUAAAUCAUUUUCCUGCCUCUGGAGAACCCAAACUUUGAGAAACAAGACUCUGACUUUCCCAUUUAUCCUUAUUUGUAACAUAGUCUCAUCUUAAUUCUAGGUUCUUGGUCAUUACAGUGUAAAGUUAGGACAUGUUUUUUUAUCAAGAGGUUCUCUUGUAGCACUUGGAAACUUUAUACCAGGGGUCAGCAAAAUUUUUCAGCAGGGGGCCGGUCCACUGUCCCUCAGACCUUGUGGGGGGCCGGACUAUAUUUUGGGGGAAAAUAUGAACGUAUUGCUAUGCCCCACAAAUAACCCAGAGAUGCAUUUUAAAUAAAAGCACACAUUAUAGUCAUGUAAAAACACCAGGCAGCCCCCACAAAUAACCCAGAGAUGCAUUUUAAAUAAAAGGACACAUUCUACUCAUGUAAAAACAUGAUGAUUCCCGGACCAUCCGCGGGCCAGAUUGAGAAGGCGAUUAGGCCGUAUUCGGCCCCCGGGCCUUAUUACUUUGGGGACCCCUGCUUUAUACCUUCUCUUUAGAGCCCCCGAGAUUUUUGUGUGUGAAAGUUAGUACAUAUUCAUAAGCACUACUCACGUUUUACUUAAAAACAAAGCUUCUGGCCCACAGAACAUAUGUUAGCCUUAUGGUUAUAGAAAAAAAUGUAGAAAUAGCCUUUGCCAGUUGCAAAUACUAUGACUAUUUGCAAAACAUAGUUGCCUUAUCUAAUGUAGAUAGUAAUUUAUGUAUGUACCCAAAUGCUUUGGGUGUAAGUAAUUCAUGAAGCCAGAAGCAUUUGCUUAAAUAAAUGGCUUCAUAAAUCUUUUAGGCUUGAUAAAAUGAAAUUUGAGAUGUGCUUGCUAUUUUUAAAUAUGACCAAAAAAGAUUUAGGAUUAUUGGGUUAUCUGUGCAUCAUACAAUGUAUGAAGAUUUCUCAGGAAAAUUAAUUCCUUAUUUGGCUUAACCUAUUCUACCUUAACCUAUUUUACCUAUUCUGGGUACAUUUCUGUAUAAUAUGGUAUUUAAAAUCCAGAUGUCCUUGUUGCCAUAGCAACACAUCCCUCUCCUUUCUCCCCGACUUUCAAAUGGUAGAUCAAACAAACUGAAAUAUUGCACUCCUUCAUCAUUAGCCAGGGCCAAGUAUCUACAAAAACAGGCACAAGAUUUUUGAUCAAAUCCUAUUACCAAGCCUACUCUUUAAUGCUUGCUAAAAUGCUGUUUCAUUCUGUGGGUUAAACAGUGACUAUGAAUCAAAAUUUGAAUUGAAACUUUGAUCUAUUGUUUAAAAGUAUCCUUUGAUUUUUGACAGUGUGUCAGAGUUAAUUUUGUAUUUAGCGAACUAAGAAAAAGUUGUAAUGCAUACUUUUUUAUUGACUUUAAAGUAGAAUUGGUUUAGGUAGAUGAUACUACUGAAUGAGAACACAGACCAAAUACAAGAGACUAAAAUGAUGCCAGAAUGGUUUAUUGUAAGCAUCAAAGCUUCUAUUAAUUAAUUUCAUGACACAAGCGUUCAUCAGCAUCCAAACAUAGCAAUUUGCAUUUUCAACCUGCAAUUUUGUGUGUUUGAAGUCAUGGAACCCCAAAUGCUAGGUUUUUCAUUUAUGUAACAGUAUAUUUGGUGGUGGUGGGGAGAGCUGUAUGGGUCACAGUACAGUACCACACUUCUGCCAUUCUAAAGGCUACUUCAAUAGCUUCUUUUCAGACAAAUAAAUACAAACAAUGAAGUUCCUUAGUAAAGAGGCAAUCUGAAGAGAGGAAGAGUAAACAGAUUGAUGCAAAGUGUAGAUGCAUGUUCUAACUAAAUGUCCCAACAGAUGUAAUGCCUUGCUUUCUAUUGCCCAGUAAUAUCUAAUCUAUAUUAAAUAAAUUAAAGUGAUAUAGUAUUGUAGUGUGAGGUUUUUCCCUACAAAAGCAGCAGCCAAACAAGUGUCACAGAGUCACUGUGUAUUUUUAAAUCAUGAGCUAUUUGAAGUAGACGCUAUCCAAUAAAACCACUCUGCUAACUUUUAGCUGUACAGUAUAAUGGAACUUCCCUGCCUUCUCUCCUGCACACCCCCUAAAUCUGCUCUGGAGGGUUGGGAGGACACCCCCCCAGCAAAUAUUUAAUGAACAGUUGGGGGGGUCAUGGAGAGGUGAAGUUUUAUCAAACAGCAAAGUUCUUGCAGUAGUGGAGCUAUUUAGCUGGAUACUGCCCAGUAUGUCUAGUUCUACUCUCUGUGACCAUCUGUUCUAAUUAAAACCAGAAAACUUCAUAAGUGAGGAAAGCAACAGCAGAACAGCACUAGAGUUGCAUUGACACCCUUUUUGUAGAUAGGUCUGUAUUUAACAACUGAAUUAACUGUAAAAUUCAAUAGUUGUUUUUCUGGAAAUGUAUUAACAAAUCCUGAAAAACACAGUUGUUUAAUUUCAAUUGUUACGGGAAAAAAUUAUUGGAAGAGGGUAUUCUACUACAGAAGGAUGCAUAGCUAGAUCUAUGUGAACAGCAGAAAGUAGCUGAAAUGGUAGCAACCCAUGUAAAAGGUGCAUGUGUAUGGUUCCAGGUUAGAAGUCCUGCCUCACUUUCAGGCUGAUAGGAUCAAUAUUGCUACUUUGGGAGUGAUGAUGUGCAACUUAACAGUGAGGCCACCUAAUUUUAUGGUGGAACAAAUUACACACCUGAGGUGCCUGGCAGGCAGGAGUUCAACAGCUUAAACUCUUACAGUAUGUAAAUACAGUUUGGGGAAAAGCUUCACCAUGGUAGUAUUUUGUGACAGGUACUCCCAGCACUCCCUCAAUACUCUACGUGCCACUCAUCCAGAAAGGCCGGUGACCCCUGCUAUACACCACCAUUUACUGGUGACAGCUCAGUCAAUAGGAGCAUGAAACUCGAGGUUGUGGGUUCAAGCCCCACAUUGGGCAAAAGAUUCCUGCAAUGCAAGGGGUUGGACAACAUGUAAUGGGAGGUUUUUAAUGUUUGAUAUUUUACUAUGUUUUAUAUACUGUAUUUUUCCGUCUAUAGGACACCCCCAUGUAUAAGCCCCCCCUAUUUUGGGGGGUGGCUGGUGGCGCCUUGCUUGCCCCCCCCAUGCCACUAUCAGUGUAUUGGACAACCACUGUUUUUUGACGUGAUUUUUUGAGUCAAAAAACCUUUUUCCAAUACACGGAAAAAUACAGUACAUUAUGUUGUAAGACGCCCAGAGUGGCUGGGGAAUAAAUACUAGAUUAUUAUUAUUAUUAUUAUUAUUAAUGACCCUUGUGCUUCCUUCCAACUCUACAAUUGUAUGAUUCUAUAUCAUGUGGCAAUAUUUCCUCUGGGGGCAAAACUUGCAGACACCAACUUGCAGACACCAAGUACUUUAAACCCGGACUUUCAUAAUCCCAAACAAUAAGAGCCGGUUAAUCGGGACAAACUAGUUAAUAUCUAACUCUGCAAUAAAGCGGCGAGCAUCAUCUCAUCACCAUUUUGGCAACAUUCCCUGUUAUUACGGAGCUAUCCAAAACAGGCAUUUCUCUCAAAUCAGCGGGUGAUUUCCAGUUGUGCCUGCCUAAAUGAGCAACCAGAUGUUCCCUUGUGGCAACAGAGACUUCGGUUUCAACGAAGCCCCACUGGAAGUGGCUCAUGGACAGGGGUGCCAACUUGAAUAAAAUAUUGGGGUAGGG